AUGUAUGUAUGGUUUCAUUGCCAGAACCAUACCCAUAGGUGUAUUUACUCUUCCAAGUCUGCCUCCAUAUUCUCUGGCUCUGCCCAGUCUCAAGUGUUCAAUCACACUAAUGAAACUGAAUGGCCAAGACAUUUAGCAAAGUUAAUCAUACUGGAAAGCCAUGACACACCUCCAGUGCCCCUGUCUCCUUGGAAUGACACAAAGGAUGCUUUAUCAUAUCCUGAGAGGUGCAUACAGAGGCUUGGUGAUGGAACCAUAGAAGGAGUUGAGGACUGUCUCUACCUAAAUGUCUUUACCCCAGAGCUACCAUCAAAUAUUAGUGUCCCAAGACCCGUACUAGUGAUGAUACAUGGUGGCUGCUUUAUGACAGGUUAUGCUGAAGAACGUCCACUAGAUUUCUACAUAGAUCAUGGGAUUGUUGUAGUUACCAUACAGUAUCGUCUUGGAGCUCUGGGAUUCAUGAGUACAGGUGAUUCUUUACUGCCUGGAAAUCUUGGAAUGAAAGAUCAAGUCCUUGCACUGCAGUGGGUAAAACAAAACAUUCUUGCAUUUGGUGGUAAUCCAGAUGAAGUUACCAUUGAGGGCCAAAGUUCAGGAGGAGCUGCAGUUCAAUACCACAUGAUGUCACCCAAGUCAAAAGGUCUUUUCAAACGUGCCAUAGCACAAAGUGGAUCAGCACUUUGCCCAUGGUCAUUUUCUAAAAAUGCUACAGACAGGACCUAUCGUUACACAUCAUACUUGGGACAUGAUGCACAGAACUCUUCUGAUCUGAUGGAAUUUCUGAUGACAGUUGAUGCAGCAGCCCUGGUGGAAGCAAGAUACCCUGCACUAAAUCAAGAGAUAUUUCUUAACUUUUUUGCAAAUGACAACAAAUUCCAAUAUUACUCUGUUAAAUGUGCAAAUUAG